AACCUGAAUUUGCCUUAAUCAACUAUUGCGAGUGAUCAUAGUUUAGGCUAAACCCCUUCUCCUUUUUCUUGAUUCUUUCUAAAAAGUUGAGGUUGAAAAUUUCACUUAAACGGAUUCUAGGUCUGGUUAUUUUAGCAAGCUACCAGGCAGAUUGAUCAGGUAAUUGUAAUGUAAUUGUAAUGCAGAAUUUUUAACGAUAAUGAAAAGGGAAUUUUAUUGUUAAACGUAGAAUUAGCACAAUCCUAAUCAGCUAUUACAAUAGAAUUGACUACUGACGAAUCUUCAAGCUCAAGCUUCAGUGGAAUUCCCCGCAAUGGUGGAAUUAGGGUCAAUGAGAAGAGAUGUUCGGGGAAGGAGAAGAAAGAAUUGAGAGGGAAAGAGAUUAGAGAGAGAGAGAGAGUUAGGAAUUUUACCAGAAUUUGUAUAAACUGACUCAGUUGCAACUGGUUGUAUUAAUAGGAGAGAGAGUCUAUCGUAGCCGUCAGAUUCAGUUACAUGAAUGCAUAUGACCCCUCGACGUUAUUACUGAGAUUUCAUCUCAUCCUCACAGCUGUCUAGUAUCCACGCUCCUGAUUAUGCCACGUAGCCUCCCACACCUUUCCUAUUUAAUGCCCUAAUCUCCAAUUUGCCUCAUUUCCCUCGAUUUCUCAGACAACAUCAUAAGCUAACAGUGUUCUGUAUUUCAAAGGUCAUCUGUCUGUUCAUCCUCCAUUUCCAGUUGUUGUUGUUGAUAAGUAGCGCCAACUACAUGUUUCAUCUUUAAACAUUUGCUUGAGAUCAUUUAAUUGGGGUGUAACAUGUCCCAUCGACAAGGAGAUGGUGCUGAUUACGUAGCUGAUGAAUAUGAAACAGAAGAACUAGAUGAUAGUGAUGAUUCCGAUGGCAGAGACUUGUAUAGCUCUGAUUCCGAUAUAGAUGACUACAUGAAUAAUAGCAUGCUAGAUAUUUCGGCUGCUGAUGUAAGGAGAGGCAAAGACAUUCAAGGGAUUCCCUGGGAAAGCCUUAACGUAAUGACCAGGGAAAAAUAUAAGCAAAUAAGACUAGAGGAGUAUAAGAACUACCAAAAUUUUCCUCAAUUUGGUGAGAUAUCAGAGAAGGAGUGCAAAACCACAAAGAACGAGGGUUUUUACUAUGAUUUCAGACGUAAUUCAAGAUCUGUUAAAUCAACGAUUCAACACUUCCAGCUGAGGAAUUUGGUCUAUUCAACUUCUAAGCAUGAUGUGUACCUUAUGUCACAUUUUUCUGUCAUUCAUUGGUCAUCAUUGACCUCCACGAGAACUGAAGUUCUCAACGUAUCAGGGCAUGUAGCGCCGCGCGAGAAACAUCCUGGAAGCCUUUUAGAGGGAUUUACACAUACCCAAGUAAGCACCCUUGCUGUGAAAGAUAAGUUGCUUGUUGCUGGUGGAUUUCAUGGAGAACUUAUCUGCAAGCAUUUAGAUAAGCCUGGAGUUUGUUUUUGUUCGCGAACAACAUGCGAUGAUAAUGCCAUUACCAAUGCUAUUGAGAUUUACAACACUGCCAGUGGUGUACUUCAUUUUAUAGUUUCAAAUAAUGAUUCUGGAGUAAGAGAUUUCGAUUUGGAGAACUUUCAACUGUCCAAGCAUUUCCGUUUUCCCUGGCCGGUGAAUCAUACAUCAGUCAGUCCUGAUGGUAAGCUUCUCAUAAUAGUUGGGGAUAAUCCUAAAGGUAUAUUGGUUGACUCCACGAGCGGAACGGUUGUUGCUCCUUUGCGUGGACAUGUGGACUACUCAUUCGCAUCAGCAUGGCAUCCUGAUGGCUCAACAUUUGCAACUGGGAACCAGGAUAAAACGUGCAGAAUAUGGGAUAUUCGGAACUUGUCCAAGUCUGUCACUGCUUUGAAGGGUAACCUUGGAGCUAUUCGGUCAAUCCAAUACACGUCUGAUGGCAGAUACAUGGCUAUGGCAGAGCCUGCAGAUUUUAUCCAUGUUUUUGAUGUAAAAAGUGGUUAUGAGGUGGAGCAAGAAAUUGAUUUCUUCGGUGAGGUAUCAGGAGUGUCUUUUAGUCCCGAUACAGAGUCCCUUUUCAUUGGGGUGUGGGAUCGUACAUAUGGCAGCCUCCUCGAGUUUGGACGACGCCACAACUAUUCAUACCUCGAUACAAUUAUAUGAACCAGUCGCAUAUUCAGCAGAGGUGGAAGUGGAUUUAGGUGCAUAUUUGUUGUAUCAUGCUAUUUAGGUCCCAUAAGAAAUUGUGCACAAACAAGAUGUAGAAUGGAGUGAUAUACAGAAAACUAGACGAUCUCCGGUCAUUUAAUCGACGAAACUGUGUGUGACCUUUAGCACAGGUCAACCAGUGUGACCUGUAGGGACUUUCAAUGUGUGAGGACUAGUAAACUUUUUCUGAAACUAGAGUCAAUUGCAUAUGCAUGUCAUUUGUCGAAAUUGAUUUGUGUUGUCCUCAUUAAGCAUAUGCGUUACUAUGUUAUCCUUCUUGACCUUUUAGUGUCUUAAAGGAGGCUUAUUGGAUGGACAUAAACUUUUUGUUACAAAA